AUGGAUUUACAAAAUAAAUAUCAAAUAUUAGCAAGUGAAUUCUCUAAAGUUCGAGGACAAGUAACUGUUUUAAAAAAAGCUGUCAUUGAUGAGCAACAAAAGAAUCAGCUGUUACAAGAAGAUAUUAAUAAAAAAGAUCAAAAUUUAAGAAGGAAUGGACAAGAAAUCGAAACGCUUUCAUUUCUUAACACACAACUUAAAUCUCGUCUUGAAAUUCUUCAACAAGAACUAAAGGAAUUUGAUGCAAAUACGAAAUUAAAAAAAUCAAAUAGCAAUAAAACACUACAAGUUAAUCCGUUUAAUGAUAAUGUGCUCGCUCUAGAACUUGAACAAAAAAUAAAACAGUAUGAAACUAUUCAACGUCGAGUCUAUGAAUUAGAUAAGCAGAUUGCUGAUAACGAGAAUGAGCGAUUGACAAAUCGUUCAAAUAUAGAACAUUUACAAAACCAAAUGGCAGAAAUGCAAGAAAGUCAUCAACGAACUCGAGAUGAAUUCGAAAGAAUUUUAAAACAACUAAAACAAGAAAAUGAAUUACUUAAUGUGCAAAUUAAACAACACUUAACAGAACAAUCAUCAGUUGUUACUGUCAGUCGAAAAUCAUCUAUUUUAAAUCCGCCAACAAAAAAUGUUCCUGAUUCGGCUCCACUUCCACAACCUGAAAUAUUUUUGUAUAAAUAUUUAAAUGCGUGGCGUGAUGCAUUUACAGAACUAACAAUCUAUAUUGAAGAACGAUUAAAAAAUAACAAUCGAUCAUCAGAACAUAAUGAAAAAAUGGCUCAAACAGUAAAGGCUUUUCAACAACAUGCAGACAAUUUUCUUGCUGCAUUGAAAACACAUUUGUUUGAUGGAAAAUCUUCACAUGUAGAUAAAAAUACCACUGACUUCGCUGAAUUAUUUAGCAUGUUUGUUUCGUCUUGUGAGAAAGUACUCGGUUUUGCUAAUAAAAGUGUUUGUGAUGAACCUAGAUUGAUUUCUUCAUUGGAAAAUCAGGAAAAAAUUUAUGGAAAAAUUCAUAAGUUAAAUGACGCACUUAAUCAAUUAUUUCAACGAUGGAUAAAUAAUUUAUCUCUGUUACGUGAAAUAGCUGUUGCAAUUAUUCAAUUUGAUUCAUCUCUUCCAACGACAACAGAUCAACUACAAGCAAAAAUCGUUGAAAUUUUAACAACAUUUCAAACAGGUGCCAUUAUUCAUUGUGAUCUUGAUAAAAAUUAUAACGAUAAAUUAUGUUUGGAAUAUGAAUUAAGUUCUUCUCCAGUACAUCUAACAACAACUGAUGAAUGCAUUUUAGCAGCAUUAAGAAAAUUAGCAAAUCAAGAACAACAGAUUUCACAAUUAAUGCGAGAACAUCAAGAAUAUCUUUUUGAAUUUUAUCGUAGAAAAAAAGAUCUUUCGCAAUCGGAAGAAAACGUUUUAAUUGAUUUAUCAGAUGAUUCUUGUCAACAACUAAUUGAUGUUCAUAUGCAACAAAGUCUUUAUAAUGCAGAAACAAUAGGUACACUUGAACAAGAAAAAGAACAUUGGCGUUUAGAAUAUCAAUUAUUAAAAAUAAAAUUUGAAAAGAUGCGCGAUGAUCAUUCAAAGCAAAUUGAAGAGCUAAAAGAUAAAACAAAUCAAACGACAGCAACUGGAACAAACGAAGAAUUCGAUGGAAUUGUUAUAUCAUCACCUACAACAGCAAUAGCAAAUAAUCAACGAGAGAAUCGAACCACUUCUGAUCCGCCAAGUGAACGUGAACUGAUGAUUAAGCAAUAUUAUUCACAAAAAAUUCUCGACGUAGAAACAAAAUUACAAUUAAUAAAUGGCAAAGGAAUUGCUUUUUAUAAUGAACUAGCAAAUAUUCAUCAACGGCUAAGAAAUUCCAAAGAUCAAGAAGUUAAAUGUCGAAUUGAAAUCGAACAGUCACAACAAGAGUUAGCAAACAUGAAGGAUGAAUUAGCAACAACAACCAAAGGUUAUGAAGAGCAAAUAGCAACAAUGUCUGAACAUUUAGCAUCUAUGAAUGAACAGAUUACGUCACAGAAUGAUAAAAUUGAUAAACUUCAACAACAAUUACACAUAAAUCCAAAGGAUGGGAAAAAAAGCAAAAAAUGA